AUGACUGACUCCUCCGAGGCCCUGGUCAACAAGCUCUGGGGCGACGACGAGUUUGCCGAUGCAACCAUCGUCAUGGGCCAGAAGACCUGGCGCGUCCACCGCGCGAUCAUCUGCAACCAGUCGCAGUACUUUGCCAAGGCCCUGGAGGGCCACUUCAUGGAGGCCAAGUCCAAGACCAUCAACCUGAUGAGCUGUGACUUCCUCGAGGAGGAGGUCGACAGCCUCCUCAAGUACCUCUACAGGCGCCAACUCGACGAGAACCAGAAGCGCCAGCCCCUCCGGGCCUUCGUCGUCGCCGAUUACUUCCAGGUCAAGGAGCUGCGGAACAAGGCCGCCGAGGAGGCGAGCAGGGCCCUCCGCAAGCUCAUCAUCAACAAGCGAUUCAUCAACUACAAGGAAAUGUGCCGCACCGUGCUCGGAAGCUAUCCCGACACGCUGCUGGAGGAGGUCAUCAUCAAGGUCAUCGCCGACAACAUCGAAGUCGUGAUGUACGAGAGGGACGCGGCCUGGGACGAGCUCACCGCCGCCUACCCGAGCCUGGCCAAGAAGGUCCUGCCCGUCCUCUUCCCGCAGCCCCCGCCGCCCCCGCCGGCGCCGUUGGCUGGCAUCAAGCGCUUCGCGAGUGUUGCCUUUGACGACUACAUGCGACUGUUGCCACCAGUGUCGCCUAACACUCCAGCGGCGCCGCUGACCCCGCUGGGUCGGCCGGCUCCGGUGGUGAGGAGGCGACACUGA